GGGGGUGUGGUCGGUCAUAGACUCCAGAAAACCUAUUAAAAUUUCAUUUGGAAAAGAAUCUGCCAAUUUUGCGGUGUGAUAUUUAGGUUGGAGAGAAGAAAAGAUGCCGUUGAAGGUGUUAGAGGCGACAGUGUCGAGUUUCGAUGUGGUUUUUGAGAAGUUCCGAUCAGAGGCUCCACAAAACAAGGCCAAUCUCAUCCUCUUCUUGGCGGACAAUGACCCGGCUACCUCUCUCAGCUGGUGCCCUGAUUGUGUGAGAGCAGAACCUGUGAUAUACAAGAAGCUGGAGGCUUCACCUGAUGACAUUGCACUAUUGAGAGCUUAUGUUGGAGAUAGACCAACAUGGAGGAAUCCCCAGCAUCCAUGGAGGGUGGAUCCUAGGUUCAAGCUCACUGGGGUGCCAACGUUGAUCCGUUGGGAGAACAACACAGUCAAAGGUCGCUUGGAGGAUCAUGAAGCUCACCUUGAAAACAAAAUCGAAGCUCUUGUUGCUGACAAGUGACAAAUGAUUGCCAGUGCAAUGUCAUAGUUGGUAUACAUAUAGUUUAAAUAAUGUAUGCUGUACUCUUAUCAGCAAUUUGUCCCUCUCAUGCUUAUAAUUUUGCUGCUGAAACAUAAAAUAAAUGAUGAGUACCAAUGGUGACAAGGGAAGUCUAUAAAUCAAUGGUUGGUCUUACAUUGUGCUUUUUUGUUUGUUUGUGGUUUUGGACAUCAUAUUUACUCUCUAAUCCUAGAUAAUGUUCAGCUUGCUGUGUAUGUAACCGAAGUCAACUUGAAUUUUGCAACAGAUACCAAUGUGGUUGUGGUGUUUCUGCAGACUGAAAAAUAGUUUCACUGAAUUUUGAUUCAGAAUUUAUA